GACGACAUGCAGGUAAAGAGACACCGCGCGCUCUCUGAAGGUGUGUCCUUACUUCUUUCAGAUAGACCAAAAACAUUUCAGUUAGAGGAACAGCAGAGUUCAUACGACGCUCCAAGAGAAGGACUUCUUUCACUUUGGGAAAUACCGAGAAGUCUGAAAAACACGAAUUAUGGCUGUCUCUGCAAGUUAUAGCAUCUUGUUUAUUUUCGUGUGUGAAGGGCUAAUUUUUGCUUCGGCGGAUCCAGCUAAAGGCAAAGGACGAGGUUUAAUAAUCUGGGUGGAUGAAGAUUCAGACAAACUCUCCAUUAAUCAGCUCGCUAAAGAUACACUACAGAGCAGUCUCACAACUAUCUUCCUGCCAAUUAUUUACAUAAUUAUUUUGGCUGUGGGGUUGCCAACCAACACGAUGGCUAUAUAUGUCUUGGUGUUCAGGUCAAAGAAAAUUCACCCUGGUACCAUUUACAUGGGCAACCUAGCACUGGCUGACCUGAUGUUUGUCAUCUGGACGCCUCUCAAGAUCGCUUACCAUUUGAAAGGAAAUAACUGGACUUUUGGUGAAGGGAUGUGCAAAGUUUUGGUGGGUUUCUUCUACGGCAACAUGUACUGUUCCAUCCUCUUCAUCGCUUGUCUGAGCAUCCAGCGGUACUGGGUCUGCGCUCACCCACUCACCCAGCAAAGAAAAAAUAACAAAUUUGCUAUCAUCGUAUCUGUGUGUAUCUGGAUCUUCAUUGGGGUCAGUACUACACCCUUGUACCUGUACCAGCAAACUGUUGAACUCCCGGACCUCAACAUCACCACCUGCCACGAUGUCAAUCUUGUCAGUAUGGAGAACUUUAAAUCGGACAAUGUGUUCCUGGAUGUUCAGCUGCCUUAUUAUUAUUUUAUGGUGAUGGCAGGUCUUGUCUUCUUCAUCCCAAUGUUGGUCAUCAUUGCAGCUUAUAUUCUUCUCCUUCGCUCACUAGGGAAUCCCACAGUUGAGGGCAAUGCUGGAAAAAGCCGCCAACGAGCUGUGGUUCUCAUCGUAACUGUGCUCAUAACGUUCUUGGUCUGCUUCAUUCCAAGUAAUGUGAUGUUGGUCGUGCAUUACACUCUCCUGCGAAACAACUUGGUCAAUAACGGCUAUGGUUUCUACAUCAUGACACUGUGCCUGGCCAGUCUCAACAGCUGCUUUGACCCUUUCAUCUACUAUUACGUCUCGGAUGAAUUCAGGGAGCACGUCAAGAACGCGUUACUGUGCCGUAGCAGUCGAACGGUGAAGAGGAUGAGGGUCUCGUUCAGCUCAAUGAAGUAUUCUCAAAGGACCAAGACAUAUACGUCCAGCACAGGCAACACAGAAAGCAGCAACUGCUGAGAGCAGAUGGACAUGGACUAUGAUGGACAAGAGUUUAUGUAUAUUUGGAAUAUAGUUUACUUCAUACUUCAGUUUACUUCAUAUUCACGCUCUAUGUUCUGCAUUGGAUGAUACUGAAACUGUCUGAGAGCAGAUUGAAGUGUUUAUGAAGACAUUUAGCUUCAGAGACCUUCGUAAACCCCAAAGCUGAAGAAGGAGUUUGAACAGAACGAUCUCUGUUUCUGUCGCAUGUCUAAAACUCGGGCUCGUGAAGCCAAAGCAGUCUCAUAAACAACAAGCAUUCCAGCCAGAAUGUUCUGUUGUUAUAUUUAAUAUUGUUCAGGUGGGCUUUGUGAAAUAUUUAGUGUGAAUUUGCCAGCCUGUAAUGGGUAAAAAAAUUUAAUAAAAAAAAAAGGCUUUAUUUUAACAAAUCUAUUAGCCAGAAUUUUUGUUUUUAAUAUUUUUUUCUUUUGUAUCAAAAAAAGUGAUAUUUUUGUUUUUGCCUGUUAGUCACAAUGACUUCUUUUUAUAACUUACUGUAUUAUAUAGCCGUAAUUUGGUCACUAUUCUUGUCUGUGAUGCACAUGUUGGAAUUAUAUUUUUCUGAAUUCAUUCAGAUUCACUUUCUAAAUUCAGCUGUAACUGUAUUCAACUGUAACUUUGUUAUCUCAAAAGUGGUGUUCUAGAGAAUAACCAGUCAGUUCAGUGUUUCAUUCACACCUUGUUUAUCAGAUGUCACUCUAACAAGGAAAUGCAGCUGUUAACACAAGUUUACUCACUUUAUCCCUAAAGGCACAAUGUCUCAUAAAUAAAAGUAUUAUUUGCUUUGAAA